AUUUGGGUUAGUUGCACUUCGGUGGGAAUUUACUGUCUUUGUUGCUUGCAUAACUAGCAAUGGAUGGUUCCUCAGCUGGGAAUAAUUUAAUGCCAAGCCAAUCAGGUGGUUUUUCAGAAUUGCAAGGAUCCAUGCAAGUUAAUCAUCAGCAAAAUCCACCUCCUUCUCAGAGUUUAUCGGUCCAUCCUGAAAAAGUUCAAGAUGUUUUCCCUUUCAGCGUUGGGAUUCUUGGGAACACGCAAGACCUCAAUCAAUCAUAUUCCCCAUUUGACAGUAAUAACAAGGGGAAGAGAGCUAUGAAUUUUGCUAGUAAUGAUGAAAGGUCAAAUGUUUUGGAAGAAGGCGUUGAUGGGCAUACUGAAAGUGGUGGAGAAAAAAGUGAGUCCCUAAGGCAGCGCCUAAGAUGGACAGAUAUAAUGGUGAAGCUUUUGAUUACUGCUAUUUCUUACAUCGAAGAGGAUGCUACCCCUACUUGUAAUGGUGGUCGAGUACAAAAGAAAGGGAAGUGGAAGGCUAUUUCAAAGGUCCUUGUCGAAAGGGGUUAUCAUGUAUCGCCUCGGCAAUGUGAGGAUAAGUAUAAUGAUCUGAACAAAAAAUAUAAGAGACUGAAUGCUAUCCUUGGUAAAGACACUUCUUGCAGGGUUGUUGAGAACCCUGCACUUCUGGACUCGAUGGAUCUAUGUGAACAAGCAAAGGGAAAUGUUAGGAAGAUUUUAAGCUCUAAACAACUGUUUUAUCAACAAAUGUGUUCAUAUCACAAUGGAAACAGGCUCUUUCUUCCUUAUGAUUGGACUCUACAACAAUCAUUGCAGUUGGCUCUGAAAAGAAAAGAUGGCUAUGAUCGUCAUCGGGUGUCACCGGGGGUCUCUCUAAAUAGAAACAAACAAACAGAACAACGUGAAGAUGUGGGGUUUGGCAAUGGCUUGAAUGUUUUAAACGGUAGCAGAAGAUCGGAUGUUCAUCCUCCUAUUAAUAGUACCUCUGUAAAUCAUGAUUCCACCAAGGGUGGUGAGAGAGAACAGUCACAGAAUCAAUGGAUGGAGUCACGCUCACUUCGGUUGAAAGAGCAGAGGUUACAGAUUCAGGCACAGAUGUUGGAAUUGGAGCAGCAGCGGUUGAAGUGGCUGAGGUCUAGCCUGCAAGAAGAUAUGAGACUAGACAAGAUGAUGCAUGAGAACGAAUUAAUGAAACUUGAGAAUGAACGCUUGGCAUCAGAACUUAGACGGCGAGAAAUGGAUCCUGAUUACCGCUGAAUAAUGUAUGUGGGUAUGUUUCAUUUGUUCCCUAAGCUUAUGCUGUGCAACUUAGUUCUCUUUUCCAUUUGUUACUUUUUCUUAAUCAUAUUUGGAAUGGCUCAUUACAG